AAAUCAUGUUUGAUUCUCGUUUCUUCAAUUUCAGCAAAGUGUGCACUGAAUGAGGAGUUCAGAGAAUGUGGAACGGCGUGUCCUGCGAAUUGUGAUCAGAUGGGACCGAUACCUUGUACGAGGCAAUGUGUACGAGGUUGCUUUUGCAAGAAGGGUUAUGUACUCAAUCGGAAAGGUGGAGUGUGUGUCCGUGACACCGAGUGCAAACGUAAGUGGAUCAUUUUCGGGUUCUGCUUAUUCGAUUGA